AUGAAUAUAUCCCAGUUAUCAAAUCAGCUUUCGACAGAGCCUCACAGAUUUCCUGAUUGCUGCUUAGGGGUAUCCAGCACCUUGAUCGACCAUAUCACCUCCAUCCUCCCCAAAAAGCCGGCAUUCACUGUAUCUGUGGGCAGUGGCUCUGGCCUCCUGGAAGCCUUGAUUGUGAAUCGCCAUGACAAUGUAUCGGUACAUGGCGUUGAGAUUGGAUCGACUGUCAAUCGAUACAUUGCCGAAGAAGACAUGCAUGUUGUGACCGGCGGCUGGGGCCUCUGCCCUGCUGCUCAACAGGCCUCGGCGUGGCUAUUCGUUUACCCGCGAGAUCCAAAGCUCAUCAAGAAGUAUAUUGAUGUGUAUGGCCAUCAGUCCAUCGAUUUGAUCAUCUGGUUUGGACCUCGGGUGGAUUGGCCAGAUUAUGAACCGCAAUUCGCUCAAUCAUCAUUCGCCGAGUUGACUUUCCCAGAUGAUGUUGGAAUGACACCCUAUGAAUUGAUGGCUGUUGCAAGGAGGAGUUAA